UGUCUGACGGCGGCCUCGGCUGGAGCAGCUGGGGGCUGUAGCACGACCAGGCUCUGCUGCUGCUGCUGCUGCUGCUGCACACGUCCUGCCUGUGUUCGCCGGUGCUGCACAAGCACCCCUAACCCCGCCUUCUCCGCCGCUCUCCGGCCCGCCCAAAUCACCCCAAACCCCCGACUGGAGCGAGCCCGAGCCUGGCGGAGACCCGGCGGCCUGGGAGCCGUGCAGCCGUGCAGAGAGAGACGCCGUCCCCGCAGCAUUCAUCUGCUCUCCUGUAACAAAUGCAGUGCGAGGACAAUGGAUGAGGAUGUCACCAGGCUUACAAUACAUUCUGAAGAGCCUAAAAUAAUUAUACACGGAUCGGAUGAGGGUGGUGCUGGCGGGCAGGAGUUUGUUGUGGAGCUUCAAGAGACUGUGUUGGUGUCGGAAGGCGAGGGUGAGGGCAUGGCAGUUCACAGGUUUGCCCCAGAUGAGCUAGUCAUCCAGGAUGCUGUGGAGGAUGUUGUUUCUGAGUAUGUGCACUGCGAUGAAGAUGAAGAUGUUGCUGUAGAAACCUGUGUGAUGGCUCUGGAGGGUGACGAGGAAGGUGUUGCCAUGGGAGACAUCCCAGAAGAUGGGCUGGACCCAGAGCAGCAGGACGAUGACCAGGAUGGCUGUGGAGAUUAUCUAAUGAUAUCAUUGGAUGAAGCCGGUAAAAUGGUGUCUGAGGAUGGAACGGAGGUAACGGUGGAAGGAGCUGUCGAGGACCAGGAAGUUGAGAAAGAUGAGGAUGGACAGGAGGUGAUAAAGGUGUACAUUUUCAAGGCUGAUUCUGGAGAGGACGACAUGGGAGAGUCGGUUGAUAUCAGUGACGGAGACACUGAGAGUAUGGCGUUAACCGAGUCUUCAGGCCAAACACUCCGAGAGAAGAUGGUUUACAAGUCUGUUGGAGAUUCUCAUCGCAAUCAAGGAAACCACAGUGCAGAGGACAGUGAGAGCUGUGAGAACCGGAACGGUGCAGCAUCUGCUCUGCUGCACAUCGAUGAGUCUGACGGGGUCGAUGAGAUCAACAGACAACGCAACAAGACCAAGAGACGGUCGGAGCCUCGGCAGGUCCAGACAGCCAUCAUCAUCGGUCCGUACGGCCAGCCGCUCACCGUUUACCCCUGCAUGCUCUGUGGUAAAAAGUUCAAGUCCCGAGGCUUUCUGAAACGCCACACUAAGAAUCAUCACCAGGAUAUUCUGACCAGAAAGAAGUACCAAUGCACAGACUGUGACUUCACUACCAACAAGAAAGCCAGUCUCCACAACCACAUGGAGGUGCACGCUCUGAGCAGCAAGGCCCCCUUUGAGUGUGAGAUGUGCGGUAAGGAGUUCCACCAGCAGGGGGCACUGUUCUCACACAGACUGCAGCACCAUCACCGGGAACCCAAAACCCAGCCGCCCCUUCCGCCCACCAAGAUGCACAAAUGCAAGUUCUGUGACUAUGAAACUGCCGAGCAGGGACUGUUAAAUCGACAUUUGUUGGCCGUUCACAGCAAGAGUUUUCCGCACAUCUGUGUGGAAUGUGGGAAAGGUUUUCGACAUCCUUCUGAGUUAAAGAAACACAUGCGCACACACACCGGCGAGAAGCCGUACUCCUGCCUGUACUGCGACUACAAGUCUGCUGAUUCCUCUAAUCUCAAAACACACAUCAAGACUAAGCAUAGCAAAGAGAUGCCGUACAAAUGCGAGCGCUGCUUCCAGACCUUUGCAGAGGAGGAGGAGUUGAUGCAGCACGGACUAACGCACGAGGAGAAUAAGACGCACCACUGUGCCCACUGUGAUCACAAAAGUUCCAACUCCAGUGACCUGAAACGCCAUAUCAUAUCUGUUCACACCAAGGACUACCCUCACAAGUGCGCCGUGUGUGGGAAAGGCUUCCACCGGCCGUCCGAACUAAAGAAGCACUCACUAUCUCACCGCACCAAGAAACUCCACCAGUGCCGGCACUGCAACUUCAAAAUUGCAGACCCUUUUGUUCUCAGUCGCCACAUCUUGUCUGUCCACACGAAAGAGCAACAGGCCUCGGCUGAGAAAGCCGAGGCCAAGAGGACAGAGACACACACUGCUGUUGCCACACCUAAGAAGUCUGCACCUAGCGGCUCCAGCAGCGCUGCCCCCCCUGCCCGGGUCAGCGCCGCCAGCCUGGCCAGCAGUGUGACUGUAGUUAUUGGCAAAGGACAGAAAGAGAGGAGAAUCUACCAGUGCCAGUACUGUGACUAUAGCACUGGGGAUGCCUCGGGUUUCAAGCGGCACGUCAUUUCCAUUCACACAAAAGACUAUCCACACCGCUGCGAGAUCUGUUCGAAGGGCUUCCGGCGACCCUCGGAGAAAAACCAGCAUAUCAUGCGUCACCACAAGGACGUGGUGCAGACAGAGUGACUCUGAGUCCAAUAUGUGCCACGACAAAGAACAGCAGUGAAGCAUCCAUCACACCCCCAUCACUCAGCACAUCAUCUUUACUCUGGAACUGUGUGCUACGUGCUCCUCUUCAGUCCGCUGUUGUUUUACUCUUUUUGAUCCUCAGCCUAAUGUUUGUUCAUAGAUGUAUACACAUGUACAUACCGUUACCUCUCUGACAGAGUUAGCAGACAAGCCUUCCCCCUCGUAGACUUGCACUUUUGACUGCAUGUCCUUUGUUGGAGACAGUGUGCAUGGCAGAUUGUGCUGAUGUCUUUUUUGUAGAUUCACAUUUUUGAUCUCUUGAAGGUAGCAAUCAGUUCUCAAUCACAAUGGUCCUAAUUAUUUGAACUGAAGUGUAAUUUUCCAAAAUGUUUGCAUCAUUUUGUUAAAAUGUUCUUAACACAGAGGUAUGCAUUAGCAAGCUUGUCCCAGUAGCACUCGAGAAAGUGUGUGUGUGUGUCUGUCUGUGUGUGGAGUGAGAGUGAGUGAAUGAAUUUGUUUUGCUUGCUGAUGCUCUGACCCCGAACAACUUGCUACUUCAUGCUUUUUUUUAUUGUGUUAAAACAACACGAUUCUGGCUGUGUGCAGAUGAAAGAUUUAUCAGAUGCAGCCAUCUACCACCAUAGCUCGAUGUCCAACAUUGUCUUUACCCAAACCAGUGGAGACACAGCCUUGAAUAAACAUGUUUUUAAUCUGUUAUUGCUAACUGAGAAAUCCCAUGAAUUUGGAUCAGUUGGGUUUUUAUGUAAUAAGGAAAAACCUCCCUUCUUUUCAUGUGUACGUUUUCAGCCUUUUACUGUUAAAACAUGGCAAAAAAGCUCAAACCACAACUAUCAGUAUGUUACCAAUAUUAGGCUGGGGUUUUAAAUGAAAAGUGCCACAAUAGAAAUGGUUGUAAGUGGGACUUGUAUGUGGUGCUGCACGUAUGAACCUAUGGACUGAAUGUUUCCCCAUCACAGAUGAACUCUUGCCAGUAGAAAGGGACUCGGUAGAUGCAACUACGGUGACGGGUGCUGGUCCUCUACAUGUAUUAUAGCUUUUUUUUUUUUUUCAUAUUUUGUUAACACCUGUGAUCAUUUGUUUUUAUAUUUAUUUCAUUUUACAACUCGUUGUAUAGUUAAGUGUAACUAGACCUCUAUGGGACGUAAAUUAUUGUUUUGUAUAAAAAAACUGUACAAAGCGUGUAGAUGUAAACAGUUGAUGAAAAUGCAAUCUGAACUGUGUUGUUAUGGAUGUAUGUCAGCGUAUUUGUUAAAAAAAGAUAAUAAAGCAAAGUAUUUUAACUGUUUAGUUUUA